AUACUUAUUAGUUUCUCUUCAUCUUUUGUGCAUCAAUAGGAUUGUAGUUUUAUUACAUCAAAAAUGGAUCACCGUACAGUACCAAGUUUGGAUUUCUUGGACAACAAUUCGGUUCUUGAGCACGCCAUAACAUGCGCAGGAUUCGGAAAAUUCCACUUUUCCUUGUUGGCUCUAUGCGGUCUCAUAAUUAUGAACGGUUCCACAUCAGUGGGAGUUUUAUCUUUCAUACUGCCAUCUGCUCAAUGCGACUUCAGCAUGAGCUCGUCGUACAAAGGACUGUUAAACGCCAUACCGUCAGUGGGCAUGCUCUUUGGAGCUUACUUUUGGGGAAGCCUGGCAGAUGUGAAUGGUAGAAAAAUAACUCUAAUUGAGUCAUUGCUAAUGGACGGACUGUUCAGUAUCGCCUCCAGUUUUCUCACUUUCUACUGGCCGUUUUUGAUCUGUCGCUUCUUUAGCGGUUUCGGAAUUUCCGGAUAUUUGGGCAUUUGUUACUCGUACUUGGGCGAAUUUCUACCGAAGAUCUACCGAGGAAAAGUGCUGUCCUGUUUGGAAAUGUUUUGGACCGCGGGCAUCAUAUUAGCGCCACUGGUCGCGUGGGGCAUCAUCCCGUUGUCGGCCGACUUCGCUUUCGGCGCUUUCCGGUACUCAUCUUGGAACAUGUUUCUGACGCUGUGCUCGUUGCCGAGCUUCCUGUUGCCCCUGUGGCUUACCCGGUUCCCGGAAAGCCCGAAAUUCCUAAUGGAGCACGGUGAUUUUGAUGAGGCUCUCGAUUGUUUGAGGCACAUCUACACGCUGAACACGGGAAAACCCGGACACGAGUAUCCUUUAAAAAGCCUCGUCAACAACGGAACCAUGUACACCGGUAUCGGUGAACUAUCAGAAAUGUCGCUUAACCAAUCGAAGACCAAAAUAUCCAUGGAUCUAAAGGAUUUGGCGACCAAGAUGUGGUGUCAGACCAAAGAGCUGUUCAAACCACCGCACUUGAGAAACACGGUACUCACGUGUCUCAUACAGUUCGGACUGACAUCAAGUUACUACGCAUUGGCGAUGUGGUUGCCGGAGUUGUUCAACAGAUUCGAGAAAUUCGAAACCGAACAUCCGGACAUGAACGCGUCCAUGUGUCAAGUGUCAUCCGUGUACAUCGAACAGGGCGGUGCGUUAAACACGACCGAUUUGUGUGGGUCGGCUAUAGGAGAAUCCGUGUACACGCACACCCUAUGGAUCGGUAUAGCGUGCAUUCCUUCGUCGUUGUUGAUGCCUCUGUGUGUGCACCGACUUGGAGCCAAGUUUUUCUUAGUAAUGAGUCUGUUGAUGUCCAGCGUCGCGGCCGCUGCGUUGUACUUCGUAAAGAAUUCUUUGCAGAACCUCAUACUGUCGUGCAUCUAUGAAGCAUUCUGUGGCCUAGGGAUUAAUGCAUUAUUGUGCAUCGGAGUCGAUCUGUUUCCGACCAACAUAAGAGUGAUGGCGGCUGCGGCAUCGACGACGGUAGGCCGUCUCGGAUCGUUGUUUGCCAACAUUAUAUUCGGACUACUCAUAGACUCACAUUGCUUCUUGCUCAUCAUCAUAUUCAGCUCACUAUUAUUAUUGAGCAGUUUCCUAGCUUUGGCACUUCCGCGUGGAGAUAGUAAAAACUUAGACAAGCUUGAUCACGCGUGAACACACUUCACACAUCCAACGAGCCUGCCCGGUACACGAAAAAAUAUAGUGUGGUACGUGUACACGAAUAGUCAUGACAACAUUUAUGAGACAAGGAAAUUAAAAGUAUGAAAAUGCUGGUUUGUGUUUAAACAUAAAAACAAAGGAUAAAAAUAUUAAAACAAAAUUAUUAUUGUAUUGUACAUAAUGGCGGACUGGACAACCGGCAUACCUGGAAAAUUCCCGGUGGGCCGCUGCUCGUAUAAAAUAUAUACUUAUUAAUAUUAUUAAUGAUGACAGUGGAAAAAAUGUUUUAUAUAGCAUUGAUA